AUGACCCCGGAUGCUGCCACGCUCUUCGCAAAGUUCAUGUCCUGGCUGCGGAGGGGCUGCGGCCUGGCCAACUUCUUCGUGCAGUUGGCCACCUGUCCGGAACUAGAAGCCUACCGAUACAUCAUGAGAUCUGGUGCCAUGAAGAACUACAGCGACUGGCAACCAGCCUUUGUUGCAGAGCUGGACGGGAAACUCUUCGACAGCCUCGUGGCUCAGGAGGCCUGGCAGCAGAGCACUGGGCGAUUGGCGAAGACUUUGGAGAAAGCUUUUGAGGACGUCCAAAGCAGGUUCAAACAGUACGACUCACAUCUCCAGUGGUGUUACAAAUGUCAACACAGCGACAUUCGCGCCGUGGUCCAAUCCCUGUGGAAUUCCGCGGAGUUGGGAGAGCUGAACCAGAUGCUGCACGACUAUCGGGAAGGUUUGUUGAGCUUGGAUCAGAUCCCCAGCAAACAUUCCGUGCGUCCCUUGGAAGUCGAGCAUCUCGGAGAUAGAUAUAUACACACAUAUAUACAUAAGAUUAUAUACAGUCUCUGUCCCAAAUCUGGAACUUGCAACCUUUUGGCCUGCAAACCGUCAUGCCCACGAAGCCAAACAUGUAGCUUCGGGGUCAUUGUGCACGAAAAAGAGAUUGGAGGGCUUUGUCCAAAGAAAAAAGAUGCCAUGAUGGUGACCCAAUAUGUCCACAAUAAUUAUCAAAUGGGGCCAACAUUGAUUCCUGAAAAAAGUUGUUUCAACAUCAAGGCCGCAAGGCUCUUUUGCCGUGGAAGUCUGCAGACACGAGCUGUGGUGAUUUGACAAAGGAAUCGCCCAGGCAUGUCUUGGCAGCAGUUGAAGCCGUUGAAGCUACAGCGAGCCUUGGUGAUGGAUAGGGUCAUGUGCGGUGCUUCACCAAUUUUGGCC